AUUCAUAACUGUGAUUACGCCGAUAUACAAAUUAGCACUUUAAACUGAAUUCCGAAAAAGGAUAUUACUUUCUAAAGAUCAACUAUCAGCGGGUGCGACUUUCUUUUCAUUCUUAACGGACUUUCCGUUAGUUCUGAAAAAAGGAUUUUAUAAAGGCGUCCUAUAACAACACUAUGAUACCUAAUUUUGUUACCAAGGCCAUACUGAUCCCCAAUUACCAUAAACACCCAUUAUUCAUAGCGUAUCAUUGAUCGCGACUAUGUGGCAGUAUGUGCUCGUGUUAGCAGCUCUGGUGGGAGUUGGUACAGUCCAGGGUCAGGCUGUGACAAAGGGUGUCACGCAGGGACAGGUUUUGGGCCCUUGGUGGAACAGUGCCGUUUAUUAUCGAAUUUUGGUUGACUCUUUUAAAGACACUAAUAGUGACGGCUUGGGUGAUUUGCAGGGAGUAACAAAGCAGCUCAGCUAUGUGCGUGCGCUGGGUGCGGACGCCGUGAUUCUCUCCCCCAUCGUCGCCAGGAGCACCGAUUGUGCCAAACCCGGAACUCUGGAUAUCAGCGACCUCGACCAACGAUAUGGCAAUCUCGAGGACUUCAACGGCUUGCUUAACAAAGCUAAGAAGUUGGAGCUCAAAGUAGUAAUUACACUACCGCUUCAGACAAUCAGCGCAGCAUCAGAAUGGUUCACUUCCAGCGUCGACAAAGUUGUUGGAUAUGAAGACAGGAUUCUCUGGAAAGAUGGAACAAGUGAGAAUCCACCACCGAUAGAAGAUGGCACUGCCUGGACAUGGGACGAAGGCCGCUCAGCAUACUGGGCAGCUAAGAACGGCGAGGCGGUGCUUAAUAUGUGUUCCGAAGGGAUCAUGGCUUCACUAUCGUCUGCUCAGUGUGCUUGGAUACGUCGCGGAGUGUCAGGAGUCCUCUUGAAUCCAGACUUCCCUCAAGACCAGCGAUGCGCGGAGAGGCUGCUAACGAAGAUGGCUGCUGAAGCCAUCAGCUGUGCCAGAGCUGCUAACUCCGAAUUGCCGGUGAUCCUAGCUGAGACUUCUCUAAGCCCCGAACAAACGGCGAGGUAUUACUCAGAAGGGGGACUUGGAGCCAAUAGCGUUAUAAGCAACGCUUUUACCUCACCGUCGAGAAGGUCAGGUCCUGAAUUGGCUUUAGAUUUCUAUGGAGCUAUACUGUUUGCGCCGCAGGAUAUGACACCUACUUGGGUGACUAGUACCUUGAGUGAAAGCCGCACAGCAACACGCUACGGCAGUGACGUGGUGGACGCCGUCAAUCUACUGGCUCUCACCUUGCCUGGUUCCGUCAUCAUCCAGCAGGGAGAUGAGCUGGGAGCUGCUGACACUAUUUUGGAAUGGGCUGCAACCAAUAGCUGCUGGCCUAGUGCAAUGGUCGCGUCUUCGGCGCCGUUCCCCUGGGACGACUCUGCUAACGGCGGGUUCUCGGCCGGCGAGCCGUGGAUGCCGCUGGCGCCAAACUACCGCUACGCCAACGCGAAGACUGAGUUCGCAAAUGAUUUUAGCCAUAUCGGGGUGGUCAAGAUUGCUGCGGCAAUGAGGAAAUCGCCUGCUGUUGGACCUCAAGCUGAUAUAAAACGGCUUGGGAAUGCUAUAGCGAUACUAAGGUGGGGAGGUGCAGGCUCUCUCCUAGUCGUCUCCAAUAUGGCCAGGGAUCAUACCGAAGCCCAGCUGUUCAGAAUUCCUGGUCUCCCACCAGAGAUGACCGUAGCUGCCAGUUCUGGAGGAUCAAGUCUGUCAACUGGCACCCAUUUCAACACUGAAAAGGCUUUGAAACUGGCUCCAGGUGAAACUAUACUCUUAGCUGGACCACCAAGACAUUGUGGUGGUCCUGGACCAGUAGACCGCAUAGCGAACAAGUUGUCCGAGGGCUGGCAAAAGCUGAAUAAGUAUUUUAGUAAUAUGUAAUGUUUGAAACCGUUUUUCAUUAUUGUUGUCAUAACAAAUGUUAUUCAAUAAAAGAUA